AUGGCUACGCUCGGGACAAAAGGUGGACCUCCCAACUUUGUCCAUGGCUCGAAGGAUCUGGUGUUCUCUACUCAUCUCACGUUCAAUGAACCUGUCAGUUCUAUUACCAAUGGCCAGCUAGCGCAAAUGGUUGAGGAUGCUCGGAAGGAAGCGUUGGUAGAUUUGGAGCAAUAUGACUUUAACGAAAAGCGCUUGCCCAGUGUUAUAACGAUCUUCGCAUUUGGCAACGAGGUUAUCCUUUCAACCUCGCAAAAGGGACCUUCUUUCGCCUAUGAUUUUGUCGUCAGCCCUGUGCAGCAAAGUCUCGCUAUUUGCACGGCAGUCUGGAAAGACCAGACAGGAGAGGAAAAAAUCCAUUUUCGAAAAGGCUCUUGUGGAGAGAUUAUGUGUGCUCAUCAAUAUUAUCAGGGGCAUACAACUCCUCUAAAGGAGGCAAAUGUUCGUGCGCUCUCAGGGUUCAUAUACCGAAGACAGAAGAAAGUUGAUUUCAUUCCACCGUGUGGAUCAAACCAAAAGGAUGAUUGGGGCUGCGACUUGUUUAUCUCUCAGAAUAAUAUUAAUUUUCUCAAUAUCAAGACCGAACAAGAGGCCUAUGAUCUCAAAACUUUGGCAGGUGGCAUCAAGAAGAUAGAUCAAAUUCGGACGUGCUAG